CUGUUGGGAGGUUGGGCUUCAGGCGGUGGACCAGAAGGAGCUUACUCGGGCCCUGACGCUGUCAGGAGGCCCUGGGGGAUCCUGCUGAAGCUGCGAUUUGGCGCAGAGCUGAGAUGUCUGAGCUCUAGAUACAGGGACCUCAGUGUCAAAAGAUUUGGGAAGAUGAAUUGGGUCGGGGGGUCCCGGUCCAGGGUUCUGAUCAAGCAGGAAAGAAGAAAGCAAAAGGAAUAUUUUGAAAAACACAGGUUAAAAUCAAAAAUGAAAUCACUGGGAGUUUUAUCUCCUGUCAAAAAUUCUGCUGUCAGCUUAGACAUUCUUAACCUAUAUAUGGUAAAUCAGAUAUCUUGCAAGAAGAAAAUUCCUGAAACUGUGAGAAAACCAACCCAUGUGAACAUGAUUAGAGACAUAAAAAUGCCCCUAAGAAAGCAUAAUUUAGAACUUCCAAUGUCGCCUCACUGUGUACCUUCUAAACUCUGCCUUGAUGAUACAGAAACCAAUGUAAACUAUCAAAGACCAAGUAGCAAGGAAGAUCUUGGCCCAGUCCAGUCACAAGGCAUGGACUCAUAUAGUAUGCUUAACCCUCAGUUCAGCAAAAUAGAGAACUGCAGUUUCACUCCAUCAUCUUUUUCAGUGGAGUUACCUUCUAACAGACAUAUUUCAAAACUAAAUUUCACAUCUGGAAUAGCACCUACUCCUCAGAAACUUGCAUAUGAAAAAAAGCAGAAUGACCAGCUCAGUACUGUUAACUGUUCUGAUUCCUUGCUUUCCAAAUUAAAUAAAAGUCAAGAUGUUCUCAGUCCAUCACAUAAAACUACACGAUUUGGGACAUUAUUUGAAAGAUUAAACAGUCUAGGAAAUAGGAAUUUACUUACUAAAAGCCCUGCUGUAAUUAUGGAUGAAGAUUGUAGAAGCACGGAUGAAAUAAGACAGUCAGACUACAUUACUGAAAAACACUCAAUACAGCAUAUUUGGGGGAAAAAUGGAAAGGAAGUUUCAAAUUUUCUUGAAGAUGUGAACCAGUCUACUCCUAACCUUCUAUCAGAGAAUUGUGACUCUUUUGUUAGUCAAAAUAUGAUCAAUGUAUUAAACAUAGAUCAGCAAAGGAUAAAGAAAACAUUUAACAAGUGUGAUUAUGAUAGUAUGGGAAACACUUGUGUAGUCACUAGUUCUGAUAAAAACCAUGUCACUGACAGAUGCAUUAGAAACAUUUUUACAGUUCCAGAGUUGACUUUUAGUAAUUCGACUUUGAAUAAAACAAGUUAUCCAGAAAAAUGUCAGCCAAACAAGAAGUAUCAGAGAGAGUAUAACAAAAAUGAAAGAAAUGAUCUUAGUACAUCUUUUGAGAACGAUUACUACCCAAGCAGCUCUGAAAGAAAAGAAAAAUUUGAAAAUGAUUACCAAGAGAAGACACCACAGAAAAGUAUUCAGAAAUAUCCAGCAAACUCUAUGGGAAAUAUACCUUCGGAAGAAUUGCACUCUAAGCAGUCAUGGGACUUUGGACUUGAUGAGAUUCUGAUGGAAGACGGAGGAAUAUAUUCUUUAAAAAGCAGGCCAACAUCUACUAAGAAAAUCUCUCUUGAUUCUGCACAGAGUAGUCGGUCUACUAGUUACUCUCCAAGACCAACAGACAGCUGUUUCAGUUCUAGUUCAGAUUUGCCAUCUGAAGAUGAAGAUCAAAUAUCACAGCAAAUUGAAGAUUCAAAUAGGAUGACCAUCAAAACCAAGGAAAAAAUGAAUAAUUUUUAUGUAGAAAGGAUGGCAAAACUUUCAGGUGACAGGAUUGUUAAAAACAAUGACAAAAUUCACAAACAGAAUGAGAAUUUCUACCAGUUCUCAGUGAAAAAUUAUACAGAUCAGUUUCCACAGUCGCAGUGCAAUUCAGCCCACAUUUUGCAAAACAAAACCAAUGAUAACUGCAUUCUGCAGGCUGCAAGGUGUGAUGCAGGGAUACAAACAGAGAGUGAAUCUGUACUGGAGGAAAAAUUAGAUGCUGCCAUACAGUGUGAUCUAAUUUCAAAAUGUACAUGCAGAAGUGAUCUUUCUCUUUGCAACCUUGAAAGGUGCAGUGGAAAUAUUAAGGCAGAUACCACUGGAGGGCAGGAAAUCCAUAAGAACAACUAAUAUUCUAAAAUCUCUACCUAGGAUGUAGAGUUUCACUUGCCCUUAGAAAACAAUAGUAAAUGUUGAAAAUUUCAUUAACAUGAUAAGAAAUGAGAAAAAGUAGCUAAGCAUAAGCUGACAGUGUUCAGGGUGUAUAUUCACGGUUCAUGUUAAAACAUUUUAAUAUUAUUAAUGUAUGUAUUUAAUUUGUAUAUAGCCAUUUCCUUAAUAGCUUUGGUAUAUGGUAGAGUUUUUAGAAAAUAAUAUAUUUGUAAAUUUA